AUACUUGUUCCCUGUCCUCUGGCCCUUUGCAAAUAAAUGCCUUACCCGACCUGCUCUGCCACCCCACUCGCAGCCACCCAGCAAGAGCAGCAUGUCAGCCUGCUGGAGCUUUGCAGCUGCAAUCUGCAUUUUAGAAAUAAGCGUCCUCACAGCAGAGUACACGCCCAGUUAUGACCCACAGCCAACAGAAAGCCGUGGUUCCGCAUCGCACAUAGACUGCAGAAUGAGCCCCUGGAGUGAAUGGUCACAAUGCGAUCCUUGCCUCAGACAAAUGUUUCGUUCAAGAAGCAUUGAGGUCUUCGGACAAUUUAAUGGGAAAAGUUGCACCGAUGCUGUGGGAGACAGACGACAGUGUGUGCCCACAGAGCCCUGUGAGGAUGCUGAGGAUGACUGCGGAAAUGACUUUCAAUGCGGUACAGGCAGAUGCAUAAAGAGGCGACUCCUGUGUAAUGGUGACAAUGACUGUGGAGACUUUUCAGAUGAGGAUGAUUGUGAAAGUGAUCCCCGUCCCCCCUGCAGAGACAGAGUGGUAGAAGAGUCUGAGCUGGCACGAACAGCAGGCUACGGGAUCAACAUUUUAGGGAUGGAUCCCCUAAGCACACCUUUUGACAAUGAGUUCUACAAUGGACUCUGUAACCGGGAUCGGGAUGGAAACACUUUGACAUACUACCGAAGACCCUGGAACGUGGCUUCUUUGAUCUAUGAAACCAAAGGCGAGAAAAAUUUAAGAACCGAACAUUAUGAAGAACAAAUUGAAGCAUUUAAAAGUAUCGUCCAAGAGAAGACAUCAAAUUUUAAUGCAGAUAUAUCUCUAAAAUUUACACCCACUGAAGCAAAUAAAGUUAAAACUGAAAAGUCUUCUGAGAAACAAGCCUCCUCAAAUUCUUUACGUGGCCAGGGUAGUUUUCGGUUUUCAUAUUCCAAAAAUGAAACUUACCAACUAUUUUUGUCAUAUUCUUCAAAGAAGGAAAAAAUGUUCCUGCAUGUGAAAGGAGAAAUUCAUCUGGGAAGAUUUAUGAUGAGAAAUCGUGAUGUUGUGCUCACAACAACUUUUGUGGAUGAUAUAAAAGCUUUGCCAACUACCUAUGAAAAGGGAGAAUAUUUUGCCUUUUUGGAAACCUAUGGAACCCACUACAGUAGCUCUGGGUCUCUGGGAGGACUCUAUGAACUAAUAUAUGUUUUGGAUAAAGCUUCCAUGAACCGGAAAGGUGUUGAACUAAAAGAUGUAAAGAGAUGCCUCGGGUAUCAUCUGGAUGUAUCUCUGGAUUUCUCUAAAAUCUCUGCUGGAGCUAAAGCUGAUAAAGAUGAUUGUGUAAAGAGGGGAGAGGGUAGAGCUGUAAACAUCACCAGUGAUCACCUCAUAGAUGAUGUUAUUUCACUCAUAAGAGGUGGAACCAGACAAUAUGCAUUUGAACUGAAAGAAAAGCUUCUCCGAGGAACCAUGAUUGAUGUGACUGAUUUUGUCAACUGGGCCUCUUCCAUAAAUGAUGCUCCUGUUCUCAUUAGUCAAAAACUGUCUCCUAUAUAUAAUCUGGUUCCAGUGAAAAUGAAAAAUGCACACCUAAAGAAACAAAACUUGGAAAGAGCCAUUGAAGACUACAUCAAUGAAUUUAGUGUAAGAAAAUGCCACUCAUGCCAAAAUGGAGGUACAGCAAUUCUAAUGGAUGGAAAGUGUUUGUGUACCUGCCCAUUCAAAUUUGAGGGAAUUGCCUGUGAAAUCAGUAAACAAAAAGUUUCUGAAGGAUUGCCAGCCCUAGACUUCCCCCGUGAAAAAUAGAACUGUUGGCUUCUCUGAGCUCCAGUGGAAGAAAAGAACACUAGGACCUUCAGAUCCUAUCCCUGAAGAUAAUCUUAGCUGCCAAAUAAAUAGCAACAUGCUUCAUGAAAAUCCUACCAACUUCUGAAGUCUCCUCUCUUAGGUCUAUAAUUAUUUUUUAAUUUUUCUUUCUUAAACUCCUAUGAUGUUUCCAUUUUUUAUUCCCUAAUGAGGAGUCAAGAGUGAAAUAUGCCAGAACUGCUUUCUCCCACAGACAAUGCCAAUCUCUUCUAAAAAAAACAAAAUUAAAUUAAAACAGAAUGUUGGUUUAAAAACUUCAAA